CGGCGCAGAGCGGAGGUCUAGGGCGGCCCGGCGCGGGGGCGCCGCCAGGCCACCGAGUGGGCUGGCCCCGACCGGACCUCGCCGGGCGCCGCGGAGAGGCUUAAGCCGCCUUGGCUUCUAAAAAAAAUGGCAGAAACAUCACCAGAGUCUUCUGGGCAGCUUGUUAUACACUCAGACACUCACAGGGACACUGUCCUGGCCAGUUUUGAGGAUCAGAGGAAGAAAGGCUUCCUCUGUGACAUUACUUUAAUCGUGGAGAAUGUGCAUUUCCGGGCCCAUAAAGCCUUACUUGCUGCCAGUAGUGAAUACUUCUCAAUGAUGUUUGCAGAAGAAGGGGAGAUUGGCCAGUCCAUUUAUAUGUUGGAAGGCAUGGUUGCAGACACCUUUGGUAUCCUGCUGGAAUUUAUCUACACGGGUUAUCUCCAUGCCGGUGAGAAAAGUACAGAACAAAUACUGGCUACUGCUCAGUUCUUAAAAGUCUAUGACCUAGUAAAGGCUUACACAGACUUCCAAAAUAAUCAUAGCUCCCCAAAGCCAACGACAUUGAACACUGCUGGUACUCCAGUGGUUGUUAUUUCUAAUAAGAAAAAUGAUCCUCCGAAGCGGAAACGGGGAAGACCAAGAAAAGUAAACAGUUUGCAGGAGGGGAAAUCAGAACUGGCUACAGAGGAAGAAAUACAGCUAAGAGUGAACCAUUCUGUUCAGAAUAGGCAAAACUUUGUGGUUAAAGAAGGAGACAAUGGUGUACUGAGUGAACAGAUUCCAGCAAAAGAAAAGGGAGAAUCUGAGCCUGCUUGUGAGCCAGGUAGAGUGGAGGAAAUGCCAGCUGAAAAAGAUGAAAACUGUGAUCCCAAGGACAAGGACGGACAGGACAACCAGAGUCGGUACAGUAAGCGCAGGAUUCGGAGAUCCGUCAAACUUAAAGAUUACAAACUUGUUGGGGAUGAAGACGAUCAGGGUUCAGCCAAGAGGGUCUGUGGAAGGAGAAGGCGCCUUGGUGGCCCUGAGGCCCAUUGUAAAGACUGUGGCAAAGUCUUUAAGUACAAUCACUUUUUAGCAGUCCACCAGAAGAGCCACACAGGGGAGCGACCUUUCAAAUGUAAUGAGUGUGGAAAAGGCUUUGCCCAGAAGCACUCCCUGCAGGUCCACACCAGGAUGCACACAGGCGAGCGGCCCUACACCUGCACCGUGUGCAGCAAGGCUCUGACCACCAAGCACUCACUAUUGGAGCAUAUGAGCCUGCAUUCAGGACAGAAGUCUUUUACCUGUGAUCAAUGUGGAAAAUAUUUCAGCCAGAAAAGACAGCUAAAAAGCCAUUACCGAGUUCAUACAGGCCACUCACUACCAGAAUGUAACCACUGCCAUCGCAAAUUCAUGGAUGUGUCUCAACUAAAGAAACAUCUACGGACACACACAGGUGAGAAGCCAUUUACUUGCGAAAUCUGUGGCAAAUCUUUCACAGCAAAGAGUUCUCUUCAGACUCACAUCAGAAUCCAUCGAGGAGAAAAGCCAUACUCCUGUGGCAUAUGUGGUAAAUCCUUCUCAGACUCCAGUGCCAAGAGGAGACACUGCAUUCUACACACGGGCAAAAAGCCUUUCUCCUGCCCUGAGUGUAACUUACAGUUUGCUCGCUUAGACAACUUGAAGGCCCACUUAAAAAUCCAUAGCAAAGAGAAACAUGCAUCAGAUACCAGCAGCAUUUCUGGCAGUAGUAAUACUGAAGAGGUCAGGAAUAUUCUUCAGUUGCAGCAGUAUCAACUCUCUACCUCAGGAGAGCAGGAAAUUCAGCUUCUUGUAACCGAUUCUGUACAUAACAUCAAUUUCAUGCCCGGUCCUAGCCAAGGAAUCAGCAUUGUCACUGCAGAGAGUUCCCAGAACAUGACCACAGACCAGGCUGCUAAUCUCACUCUGCUCACGCAGCAGCCAGAGCAACUGCAGAAUUUAAUUCUUUCAACUCAACAGGAGCAAACAGAACACAUUCAGAGCCUCAAUAUGAUUGAAAGCCAGAUGGAGCCCUCACACACGGAGCCAAUGCACGUCAUCACACUGUCCAAGGAAACUCUGGAACAUCUUCACGCCCAUCAAGAGCAAACAGAGGCGCUCCAUUUAGCAGCAAGUGCUUCAGAUCCGGCUCAGCACCUGCAGCUGGCACAGGAGCCGGGUCCGCCACCACCCACUCACCAUGUGCCCCAGCCCACACCCCUUAGUCAGGAGCAGAGCUGACCUGUAAAUGUGUUUGACUGCUUGGUUGGGCUAUAAAGUCAGCUGUAACUGGAUUGUAAACGCUUGAAGUCAGGCUCUGUGAAACCAACUUACAGAUCCUUACAGAGGUGUGAUAGCUAGAUAUUUAUAAUGCUUUCCAUCUAGGCAGUAAGGUGUGUAUCAUGUCUUAGCUAUAUACUGAUUUGGAUUUAGCAUUUCAAUAUUGAUGAAUGGUUUUUGUUUUCAUCUACAUCUUAAAGACUGGAGUAAUUUUUCUUUGGGGAUAUUGAUUUAUACUUUUCUGUAAGUAUUAAAUGUUCACAGCAAUAAGUUAUGGUCUUGCUGACCUUUCCAGUUAUAUUUUUUAGAACAAAGGAAGUCAUUUGUUGUUUGAGUUGGGUAGAGUGGUUAGUUCCACUUAUUUCUUUUAGGCAACACAAUUGCCACUACAAGACAAGACAGGGCUAAAUAUGACAGAUCACAGCCUUUGGGGAGUUUGUUUUAGGGGACUGACUGGAACUUACUAAAAAGACAAAGUAACUCUUUCUUAACAUUUAAUCUUUGUUUGGUACAGUGGGUUCAUCCUGUCGUGGUUAAGGUAGAUUCAAACUCAUAAACUAAAUGUCUAUUUUAACUCAAAAUUCAUAUUACAAGAAAGCCAGAUGU